AUGGGUGUAUACGAUGAAGCUAAAGUACGUAUCACGGACUUGCAGAAAAGAGCGAAACGUAUCUAUGAUGCAGGAGAGGUAAUGGUCGGGAAAGAACCGACAAAAACUGACAGAACGAGAUUUAGAAUUAUGUACGCCACUUUGGAGAAUUUAAACACCGAUUUUGAAAGUCAGUUAUCAGUUAUUAUUCGUAACAUGGGUAAACCUGGUGUUGAAGUGGUUGACGCUGAUAAGUUACGAGAGGACUUUGAAACAGUUUACUUUGGUUGUAAGAUUUUGGCUGAUGAGUACCUACCGGAAUCUAAUACGCACAUAGGUUUAAACGAUACCUUUAUUGAACAGAAACCUAGCGUAUCACCGGCUAAUUUUCUACCGAUUGAAAAGUUGGCUAUUCCAAAGUUUAAAGGGGAUCCAAAAGAAUACACCAGUUUUCGUAACAUGUUCGAUAUCUAUAUACACGACAAUCCACACAUAAAACCAGUGUUGAAGUUCGGAUACUUAAAACGAUACUUGGAAGGAGAACCUUUAAGACUGGUUGGAAAUCUUAUGUUGACCGAUAGGAAUUACGAAUUAGCUCUAUCCCAGUUAAAAGCCAGAUAUUCCAACCGUCGAAUCAUUACAGAAAGUCAUUUGGAUGAACUUUUUAAUGCACCUAAAGCUUUCCUUGGAAAUGGUAUUUCAAUUCGAAAUUUACUUAAUGUAGUUACUGAAACGAUCGGUGCCUUAGAAAAUCUCACAUACGCAGUCGACCAAUGGGACCCGAUACUCUUACACGUGCUACAGAAAAAAUUAGACCAACAACUUAGAGCUCAAUGGGAGUUAUCUGUAGAUACCACCGAAGAUCCUUCUGUGAAAGAGUUUAUAGUGUUUUUGACUAAAUUUUGUAAAUCAGCCAUGACCGGACCGACGAAUUCUGUAUAUGAAAAAAGUAGCACCAAAAGUAAAUUUACCAAACCGACUACCUUAUUUAGUAGCCAAUCAGGAACAUAUGGCUCACCAGAAAAGACUAGCCAACAGGACCCGCGUGAGAAAAGGUCGUUUUCGUGUCAAGUGUGUAAAUUACAACCGGGUCAUUUACUCGUACACUGUUCUCAGUUUAAAAAAAACAGUCCUAAAGAGAGGCAUCAAAUUAUAAAAGAUUUAAAUCGAUGCUUUUUAUGCUUUAGUGAACAUUUAGCCAGUCAAUGUAAGAGUACCAAAUCUUGUGUUCAGUGUGGAAAAAGACAUCACUCACUACUUCAUCUUAGUGAUACUGACAGACCAAUAGAUGAACCCGAAGCAACUACAUCAGCACAUGUCACUGUAGCAGCAGCCAAGGUGAAACACUGUCAUGCGUCCAUUUUGCUAUCAACGGCCUUAGUGAAAGUGCAAAAUGAAAAUGGUGAAGUUAUAACAGUAAGGGCCUUGCUUGACAGUGCAAGUCAAAGUAGUUUCAUUACGGAAAGUUGCGUGUAUCGUUUAGGACUGUCAAGAGAGAAGACCAAAGUUACUGUCCAAGCUCUGUCGGGUACACAGGUACCGGUAGUACGUGGGAGUACCACUAUAACGGUACGUCCGGUUCGUCAUGACAGUCCUAAGUUAGAAGUAAAUGUCCUCAUCUUACCUCGAAUUACUGGACCAAUACCGACUAACCGGAUUCAGAUCUCGCCAUGGCAACACAUUGAAUGGUUGAACUUAGCAGAUCCGGAAUAUUACGAACCGUUACCAGUUGAUCUAUUACUUGGAGCGGACGUUUUCCCCUACGUUGUGUCAGGAGAGAAGAAAGAAGGUAGUAUAACUCAGCCAAUUGCCUUAUCAACUGUGUUCGGUUGGGUAUUGAUGGGUACAACAUCUAAUACGCCAACAAAAAUGUCCGUCACUAUGUGCGCAACCACGGAGUCCGUGGACAGAACGCUUCAACGCUUUUUGGACAUUGAAGAUGUUCCUACAGUGGUCAAAAGUAGUCCCGAUGAAGAAGAGUGUGAAAGAAUAUAUACCAUUACUACGUCGCGUCAACCAUGUGGAAGAUACAAAGUCCACCUGCCCUUUAAACCAAAUCCACCAGUAUUGGGGGACUCAAGAGACCAAGCAGCACAACGUUUAUUCCAGCUCGAAAAACGGCUUGAGAAAUCUCCGGAAUUAAGAAAUGAAUACAAUGAGGCGAUGAGGGACUAUUUACGAACGGGACAUAUGAGAAAAGUAGAUCCAACCCUGACUGAUAGCCAGGCGUCAUAUUACAUUCCCCACCAAGCAGUUAUACGUCCUGAAAGUUCCACCACAAAAUGCGUAUUGUCUUUGAUGCAUCAGCGAAAACAUCUUCGGGUAGAUCAUUAA